CUAGCGCGCGCGCUAUCGCUCAAAAGACUGAAGGCUUUCUCUACUUUUCUUUCACUCCAGGACACCAAACGUUAGAACUGCUGUUUUCAAGAAUCAAGCGCAAUGGCUCCCAGCAAAGGAAAAGCGGGCCUGACCUUGGGUGGUAUAGGCUCCUCACUCUCCGUUGCCGAUGUCUACAAUGUGGCUGCAAAGAAGGGGAAGGUGGCGCUGGACACUGCGGCGCUUGAGAAGCUGGCAAAAACCUUGGCGGCACGGCUCAAAGGUGAUGUAAAAGUGAAGGACGCAGAGCCUGAGGAAACAAACGAGGCUGCUGCAAGUGGUGUUGCCAAGGAAUGGCUCUCGGAUCCUGAAAGCCGGGCAGCGCUCCUCGUGAAGCUGACCGAACUCAUCAACAGUGGCGCCCUCCGACCUGCGGCUCUCCAGUUCUUCGAAAGCGUUCUGAACAGCCAAGUCACCUUGAGCCUCCCCUCCUCCGCCACUGACGCCCCCAUUCUGAGAGCCCUCGCCGGCGGCGCCGAUGGGAACUGGAACGCUCCUCAAAUAGGCGUUCAGCAGGAGAAGGCAGUUGAGACUCUCGCCGGAAACGAAACGGGUGUGAGCAAACCCCCGGGGUUAAGUGCUGCUGAAAAAGUUGCCGUCGGCCAGGGGAUCGCUGCGUCAGUUGGAGUCUCGGCGUUGGCAGUGUUUGAGGCAGAGCGGCUGGUUGAGAUCAUUGAUGCGGUGGGGGCGCUCACGUGUGAGGCCCUAGGGGCAGUCACGACGGGAUUUGAUGCGGACGUGCACGACGUUGGGAACCCGCACAAGUGUCAGGUGGAGGUGGCAAGCGACCUGCGGUCCCUCUUGGAAGGCUCCACACUGGUCAAUCCCCGGAAGGGCGGUCUGAAUACCCCCGCCGUCUCAGCCAUGCCUCAAUGGCACGGCCCCCUGCGAGGGACCGUCAGGUCCGCUUCCAGCGCCGUCAGAGUCGAGUUUGCCAGCGGGGGCGGCGCACCCGAAGGUGCCUCAGCCGACGGCGAACUUUCUGGGGGGGGCUCCAAGACUGGCGGGGCAGAGUACGUCCCAUCCCCCCAGGUCGUGAUCGACACGACGGUGCUACUGAUGAUGCUCCGCCGUGUCGUGGGGCUCUCUGUAGAUAGGAUCUGUGAGCUGGUGAAGGCUCUGGAAGGACUAGAGGUUCCGGAGGGCCAGGGGGCGUCUAAAGAUCCCGACGCGCUGGUACGGACCGCGCAUGACGCGCUAGCGAAACUUGGCGUUGCUGCGGAAAACGCAUCUACCACGAUGGCGGGUGGGAAUAGGGCCGACGGCGUUUCGUCCCAGAUUCCAAGGGUGAAGAUUGCUCGGGAUGCGUUGUCAGGGGUUCAAACGGCCCGGGGCAUUUUUGCGGCGGAAGCGUUUUUGGCGGGAAAGCUGCUGAAGGCGAAAGAGACGGCGCUUGCAGGGAAAGUCGGUGGGAAAGGGGGGAAGGAAAUCGGGGGAAAGGGGGAGGGGCCAAAGGAGACUCCGAAGAACGAGGCGGCGAAAGCCAACUCCAAUGACGAGAAGAAGCAGCCGAAAGACACCAAGAAGAGUCCGGAGAGUGCAGAGAACGGGGCGGUCAAGACGACGGGAAUUGAGUCGGGGGUGGCAGCCGUUUCUCUAGAUGGGCCUACAGGAAAGGCUGACAAGAAAGCAGUGCAGGAAACGGACGGGCAAGCACCUUCUACGUCAGGCGCGCCGGAAGCAAACACAGCAGAUGGCAGAAGGCAACCCAAAGAAGGAUCUGCGGACGGUAAACAGAAAUCGGAAGGUGGUCGCGGGAAGGGCCGGGCCGCGAAGCCGGAGGGCGGUUCAGAGCAGGGGGGUGCCGAGCGGGGUCGUGGGAGGGGGGGUGCAAAAGCGUCGGAAAAAGCGGAGAAGAAGGCGAAGAAAGGCGGGGUAGCGCUUGGGAAGGGGACGGCGCUUGUGAAGGAGUUUGUGGACGGGGUGUUUGCUCGCGAGGGGGGGGAGGACAGGGCGGUUUUGGCUGCGCUUUCGGUGGCGCUGGACCCCCUGAGUAAGGAACUGGGGGAGCUGGUCGGGAAGGUGAAGGAGGCGCUGGAGAGCAACGCGGCAAGGCGGAAACCGAAGAUUGCCAAGGGCGCGCGAGACUUCAUGCCGGAGCAGAUGGCCAUCCGGGAGAAGGCCUUUGCGACCAUCACGGCCGUGUUUAAGCGCCACGGAGCGGUUUCUUUGGACACGCCCGUGUUCGAGCUGCGGGAAACGCUGACCGGCAAAUACGGCGAGGACUCCAAGCUCAUCUACGACCUCGCAGACCAGGGCGGCGAGAUCCUGUCCCUGCGCUACGACCUGACGGUCCCCUUUGCGCGCUACGUUGCGAUGCACAACAUCGCCAAGAUGAAGCGGUACCACAUCGCGCGGGUCUACCGGCGGGACCAGCCGCAAAUGGCGCGCGGCCGCUACCGCGAGUUUUACCAGUGCGACUUCGACAUUGCCGGGGAAUAUGCGCCGAUGGUCCCGGAUGCGGAGGUGCUCAAAGUGUCGACGGAGAUUUUGGACGAUCUGAAGAUUGGGGACUACGAGAUCAAGCUGAAUCACCGGAAGUUGCUGGACGCCAUGCUGGACAUCUGUGGAGUGCCCGCCGAGAAGUUCCGCCCCAUCUGCUCCGCCAUCGAUAAGCUCGACAAGGAAGACUGGGCUGACGUGCGCGCCGAAAUGGUGGACGACAAGGGACUGGCCCCCGAGGCCGCCGACAAGAUCGAGCCGUUCGUGCGCCUCAAGGGUGAACCGUUGGCGCUCCUUCAAGAACUUCAGGGGCCCUCUAGCGGGUUUUCCGGGCACGCCGCGGCGCAGGAGGCGCUCGCAGACCUGGCGCUGCUGUUUGAGUAUCUGGGAGCCAUGGGGGCGCUGAAACGCAUUAGCUUCGACCUCAGCCUGGCACGCGGUCUCGACUACUACACGGGCGUCAUUUACGAGGCGGUGUUCAAGGGCGCGUCCCAGGUGGGGUCCAUCGCGGCGGGGGGACGCUACGACGGCCUGGUGGGCAUGUUCAGCGGAAAGAACGUGCCCGCGGUGGGGGUCAGCCUCGGGAUUGAGCGCGUGUUUGCCAUCAUGGAGGAGCAGGCGCGCGCGGAGGCGGAGCGCGCCAAGACGACACUUCGCAAGACGCAGACGGAGGUGCUGGUGGCCAGCAUCGGCCCCAACUUGUUGAUCAAGCGCAUGGAGCUGUGUACGCGUCUGUGGGAGGCGGGCGUAAAGGCGGAGUUCCUGGCGCAGCCCAAGCCCAACAUGGAUAAGCAGCUGACGUACGCGCUGGAGGAGGGGAUCCCCUUCAUGGUCAUUUUUGGAGAGACCGAGCUUGCACAGGGCAUUGUGGCUAUCAAGGACCUAAAGGCGGGAGUGCAAGAGAACGUGAAAGAGGGCGAACUCGUUGCGGAGCUCAGGAAAAGGUUGAGCACACAACAAGCAUGAUGUUGCUGACUCUCCAACUAUUCACGGUCACAAAGAAGCAGUUGCAAUCUUCAUAUGUAUGUUGGAAGCCAAUGACGACUCGUAUUCAGGAGAUUGAGCAAUGUGGGACGUCGACAUAUACGUUAUAGGUUGGCCGAUCUAAUCUAUGCAAUCAAAUGCAGUAUGAAUGAUCAUUUGAACUCCGAUGAUUGGUGC